AUGAAGAAAAUAUUAAAUAGGACUGUGCUCUUUUACGGAUUUAUCUUGAAGCAAAUUUUAAUUAUUGUCAAUGCAAACAGUAAGAUAACAUUUCCCGGAUUUUUCUCGCAACAGAAGUGCACCUUCUCAAAUGGAACUAAAGGUGUUUGCACUAUUGUUCGAGAUUGUCCAUUUAAUUUUGAUUAUCCAAAUGAGGAAUUAAAAAUAUGUUUUUCUCCACCUGGUGACCAAUAUAUAUGUUGUAAUAGAGAACGUCCUGCUGUCAGAGCUUGUUACGAGUUUUAUCCCGAAGUUCAAUAUAUAGUAAAUGGACUCAAAACAUAUUAUAAGGAAUUCCCUUAUAUGAUAGCACUUGGUUGGAAAACUUUUGAGGAUAAUAAAUAUGAUUACAAAUGCGGAGGUGUAUUAAUCGAUAAUUAUUACGUUUUAACCGCUGCACAUUGUGCUAACAUCAAUGGCUUAGAACCAGUUGUAGUACUACCCGGUGGUGCUAAUUUAAAUGACGUUAAGGAAAAAAUUUAUGACAUCGCAAAAGUAAUUAUUCAUCCAGAAUACAAUCCAGUAUUGGCAUAUAAUGAUAUUGCAUUGAUAAAGUUAAAAGAACAGAUUAAUUACGAUAAGGCGUGUUUAUGUAGCAACCAAGAAUUAUAUCUUAAAAAUCUCACUGCAAUUGGUUAUGGACAUACAAGUUUUGCUGGCAACAAAUCUGAUGAACUUUUGAAGGCAUAUCUCUUUGUUCCAUCAAAUGAAAACUGUCAGCAUUUCUAUGAACACGACGAUUUUGUGCCAUUUGGAGUGAUAAGCUCACAAAUGUGCGCAUUGGAUCCAUUAAAAUCAAGGGAUACUUGUCAGGGGGAUUCUGGUGGACCAGUGGUUUUGACAGUAAAUAUUAAUGGCAGGUUCAUACCUCACGUUGCCGGCAUAACAUCAUUUGGACAAAACUGUGCUGGAGAUGCUCCGGGCAUUUAUACACGUGUUUCAGAGUAUUUGGAAUGGAUUGAGACAAUUGUGUGGCCAAAAUACAAAAUAUAAUUAUUUAA